AUGAAGACACUACAUAAAGAAAGUGAAGUGAAAACAAUAUCUGUGUUUGACAUGCCCCCAGGUUCUAGUCUAUCUGGAAAUGGUCUAUUUGAUAUGAAGGGCUGUUUAAAUGAUUCCUAUGAACAGAAUAAUAAAUACAGUUUAUUUGGUGCUUUAGUUCAGUCCAAAGUUACAUCAUUGGAUGUACGAUUAGAAAUUCCUGAAUUCACUAAUGACAAUUUUGUGCCUGAAAUCAAAAUUCCUCAAACAAUAUCAAUGGGACAGUUAUCUGAAGAUGAAGGUUUUGUGGAAACUAAGUCAGAGAUGUCAUCAUCUGUUACAAGUGCCAUCGAUUCUGGUCUGGAAGAUGAUAUUUGGGAGCAAGCUUUGUCUCAUACCCUAAAUAGACAUUACACUUGGGAAAGAAUUGGAUGCGAGGCUGGUUUAACUGAGAAACCAUUCAUUACAGAAGCAGGAACUGAAGCAUUCGACCAAUUUGCUUUAUUUAAAAUAUGUCAAUCAAUUUUGCUAUAUGGAGAAACGGAAGUGCCAGCUAGAAUUAAAGUGACUGAGAGAGAAAUGGUUAGAGAUGUGAUCUAUCUUAUGAUAGGAGUGCCUUCAAAAACUUUCACUUUUGAUCAUGAAUCUGACAGUUUUGUUUUCACCCCUGGUGUAUUUGUUACUGGACAUUCAACCGAAUCAUUGUCUAUAUUUUUGAAUGACUUCUUAGAGUGUGGCUCAAAUUAUAGGAGACUAGCCCAAUUCUCUGAACCACUUAAACAAGAUUCUUAUUAUGAAGCUGGUCUUGUGUUUCAAGCAUUUACCACAGCAAUACGUAAAGUCCUAAAGUUUUACACAGCAACUAUUCUUUCUAUAGAUACUGAAUCAACAUUAAUGGAAAUCAAGUGCGUAUGUACCAGACUUUUCAGUCAACUGGAAUUCUUAAUAAAAGUCACUUGUCACAGAAUAACAACUAUGUCAUCAGGAACAGAAAUAGAAAGAUUCCCCAAGGGUAUUGAAUUGAUCAGCUAUCUCUACAAAGAAACCUUGGAAGCCAACAGUACAGACAAUUACCCAAUGAUGUUGUCUAUACUUCAGACAACUUGUGGUCCCUUUACACUUUUCCUCCAAAAUUGGGUUUUCCAUGGAAUUUACCAAGAUCUGUAUGGAGAAUUUACCAUCCAAGUGAAUCCUAAUUACCUUGAAUACAGAGAUCGCCAGUACUGGACACAUAGUUUUGUUAUGACGACCCAAAAGUUUGAAGACUGUGUCCCAAUAUUUUUAAGUGAUCUAGCAAGUGACAUUAUUGUUUGUGGUAAAAGCUUGAACCUCUUAAAGCUCUGUUGCCCUGAACAUUUUAUGUGCAAUGUGACUGAUAAAGAUAUCCCGAGAGUAACUAUAACUUUCUCUGAAGAAGACCUUAUACACAUUGAUAUACAGAGUCAAAUGUAUGCCAGUAGAAUGCGGCAGAUAGCAAGACAGCUUACUCUGACUCGAAAGGAGAAACAGCGGAGAAUGGAGCAAGCCAGAUUAGAAUUAGCUGAAAAGGCUCACAAAGUGACAACUACGCAAAUGAAACAGUUCCACGAUAUACUCACUAACCAGAAGAAAGCUGAAGAUAUGAAGAAAAGGAAAGAGUUUCAAAGAUUGAAAGAACAAAUGAAUGAAGACUUGCUGAGAAGAGCGUCUGAGGAAGACACCGCCAAGGCUGAAGACAAGAAGUUCAUGGAUGCGUUCACAAAUCGAGAGGAAGCAAUGACAGAAGAAGAGCAGAUAUUAGAAGAACAAGCUAAAGAAGAAAUUAUUGCUUACUACAAAGAACUUGGAGAUGAAGCUGCACGAAGGGAAGAGAAGGCAUUAUGGAAGGUCAGAAGAGCAAGACUAGAGCUCGAAAGGGCUAAGUUUCUCAUGGACGAUGCAGAUAAAUGGAGAAAGGAGAUGGACGAAUUCAAAGAAGCAGACAAGGUGUUGAAAGAAUCUGAUCCUCCAUUACCAUCAUGGGCUUCACAAAGUGACCCAUCGAUCCAAGGAUCACCAUCUAAGGAUUUAAACAUUGACCUGAACGAUGAACCUAUUGACGCACAGAAAAGGAAUGGUGCCGAAACAGACGCUAUUGCAACAGAUGAAACUGAUAAGACGCAACUUUCAUCUGAUGAAGACACAAUUGCUAAUACCCAAUCGACAGUUGACGGUCCUACCGAAGCCACAAAUAUAGACAGCGAUAAGAAAUUAUUAGAAGAUGCAUCACUGUUUGAAUCAAAAGACAACACAACUGGAACCCCUGAGUUUGGAAAGGAAACAAUGGAAUCCUCAGAGGAAACUCCAGACCUAAACAAAUCUCCUAAGAAAACCCCAAUCAAAACCAUGGUCAAAAUGAAUGAGUCGUUUUCUGCUUCGUCUGAAACUCAACCGACUCCGGAAAAGCAUCACAUCAAAUUGUUUGAUACAACGAAUGUAUCAAAAGAAACCACCCAAUCGGAUACAGCCAAAUCUGUGAAAUCUGUCGAUGAUAAACACGUGGCUGUAGAGACCGAGGAAGAAGAAGUCAAACAACACAUCAAGUCUGUAGCAGAUAAACAUUUCAGCCAAGAAACAACGCAAGUUGAAGAAAGACCAGGUAUCCGUACUGAUAUGGAGAAGUAUGCGCUAAAGGAAUCUGACCCCGGUAAUGAGAGAAUGUUCCCUAAGUUAAAAGAAGGAGACCACAAAGCAUCAGACGAAUCAAAAGAGAAAGAGUGGAAAGUCAAACCUGCCAGUGUAUUCGGUCAUUCUUCCCAAAUGUCCGAAAGUUACAAUUCGAUCAUUCCCAAGCUUAAGCAAAUUCCCACGAAACAUGUUAGCUUUGAAUCGAACUUUAAAGACUUUGCAAUCAAACCAAGAAUACGAAUGAAUAAAACAACACAUGCUACCAAGGAGAGUGACGCAACUGAUGUUGGUCCAAAAGUAAGAUCAGUGGAUCUUAGAUUUCAUCCGUCCAAACAAUCAACAUUUGUAGACGAGGACAAGAUAAGAAUAAACAAAUUCAAAGAAAGCAACAUUCAUGGCCAUGCUUCCGAUUCUAGUGUUCAAAAACUUUUAUACUAUGGCCUUGCAGAAACAGUGGAGCCCAAGGAUUUAUGCGAAUUUAAGCAGCUACUUCCCCAAAGCGAUUGGACUAUAUUUCCAGUAGAACCGUAUGAGACUGAUUACGAUUCUUUUGCACAAUUUCCGAAGGUGGAUCUGAUGGGCUCUGUUCCGUUUGCGGGGUUUGGUGCAUUAACGGAUAAUGGUAUUGGUCAGCAUACUGAUGUGGAAAAAUACAAAUAUAUGUCACUUCCCUCUGUCUUGAAGAAAUCAAUGAUGGCCCCACUGAAGGCACAGAUAUCUUUAGUCAACAAGUCAAUAGUGGAUUAUUUCUUCGUUGAGCUUCAUCUAGAAGAACAUUUUGAAACCUUGAGGCGAUACCUGUUCAUGGAAGACGGCGAUUUCUCACAGAUUCUCAGCGACAGUCUUUUGGAUAAGCUGGCUACAAACCCCCUUCCUCAAGAAAUGCUAAAUCCAAUUUUUCUUAAUGGCGUGCUUAAGAAAUCACUCCAGUCUUCCAUUAACCCGAAUGACAAGUAUGCUGAGAAUUUGACAUUUUGCUUGAAAUUUAUUCCGAACGCCUUUGUUUUCAGUGCACACGAUACACUUGACUGUUUAGAGCUGCGUUAUAACGUAGAAUGGCCUAUAAAUGUAGUAUUAACCGAGUCAUGCAUUUCUAAAUAUGGUGCUGUUUUCUCGUUCAUGCUACAGCUGAAGCGCAUUGUAUGGGUUCUGAAAGAUGUGUGGUAUAGACUCAAAAGAGACUCUCUAAUCAAGAAGGCUGGAAACUGUCCCCAAUUUAGACAAUUGCAGCUUUAUCGUCAGGAAAUGCAGCAUUUUGUUAAAGUUAUGCAAGGAUAUAUCGCUAACCAAAUUAUCCAUGUCACUUGGCAGGAGUUUCAAGAAGCUCUUACUAAAGAUGUUCGGGACUUGGAUGACCUACACAAGGUUCACGGACAAUAUUUAGAAAAAGCAGUUUUCAGAUGUCUACUGAACAAGAAGGCGAAACCCGUUAUGAAGAUUAUCCAGGAUAUAUUUAGCCUGAUUUUGAAAUUCCAGAACCAAUUAUUAAAUGGUAAUUGGAGAAAUGUGGAAGGUUCAUCUGAAAUGGUCCAUUCUAACUUCAACCAGGUUUCGACUUCGUACAAAGCUUUCAGACAAUAUUCCGUCUUUUUGUUCGAGGUGGUGAACAAACUGGCUAUCAGAGGCUACCAACCACAUCUUCAAGAGUUGCUGUUACGAUUGAAUUUCAAUAAUUAUUACAAAGAUAUGUGA